AUGUGCACUCUAUGAAGGGGGAGGUAUGUAUUCACAAUGAGGGGCGAUGCCAUCAUACCCAAUGCUGGCUGCGUGUUCCACCCAGCUCCCUCAUACAACCAACACAUGCUAAAGAGAACCAGCUUGGAGCACUGCAGCAGGCAGCUGUGGAGGAUUCAUAAUAAGAGCAUCGAGCCCCAAGCUGCAGGAGAAGGAGGGAGGGAGUGAGGACUUUCCUCCUGUCAGAGGUUGAGGAGGGAGGGGGGCAUCAGAUGCUUCUGCUCCAAAGAACCUGCAUGCCGGGGUCUCAUUCCGCUCUGUAGACCAUUGUAGCCGGAAUUGCAAGCGUUAAAGGCAGCAGGAGGCUUGUGCUGCAACAUGAACCUGCAUCAAGGGUGUUCCAUGCCGCCUCAGCCUCCUUCUCCGUACAACCACCGUAUGAUGGACUAAAAUUCUGCUUCGUGGUUCCCCGCAAAGGAUAUCUGUCUUUGUCGUGGACCCAUCAGGCGAGCAGCUAUGUGCAGCAACCAAGUCAGCUUUCAGGAUGAGCAGUGUAAAUUCUAUUCCUAUAUGUUCUACCAGGCCGUGCGGGACCAGGAACCCGUCUGGAAGCUGGAGGAGAUGCGGACCAUGGCGUAUUUUCACUGGGAAGAAGACGCCAGCUUGAGAUGCUAUUCCCCCUCCGACGCUCUCAUGUACGCCGUGGUGCAUAAUCAUCUGCGCUAUGCCCAAUAUCUGCUGUCUCACUUCCCGGAGGAAGCUCUCAAAGUACCAGGUAUCAAAUUCUGCUGCUGUCCUCCGUCGGCACCACACCUGGCCCUGGCCGUCACCUACGACAGGAGAGACAUUCUAAUCAUGAUCAUCAAGAUCUCCCACAAGCUGCCGAGCCUGCAUUCCUACAUCAACAGAGGCAGCUGCUUCCAUCUUUCGGACGGGAAGACCCCGCUGCACCUGGCCUGCGAGCUGCUCAGCGCCGAAACGGUCUUGAUCCUGCUGGGCAACGGGGCAUCUCCGAAGAUCCUGGACCGCAAAGGGGAGACACCUCUGGAUAUCAUACUGGAGCAGCUGUGGAGCUCCAAGGUCAACGUGGACUCGAAAAAACUGUGCCUGAAUUAUUUGCUGCUCUUCUCCCCGUCCCUGAAAUUCAAAAUGAGGAAGAUCUUGAAGGAGAACCCAGAAUUCUGGACUCCGCUGCUGGGGGAAGACAAAUUCAAUUACCUGGUGGGCAACACGCCUGCCACCUUGUAUCUGACAGCUAUGCAAAAGGUCCUGCGGUGUCUGUCCCCUGCCCACUUUCCACACAGCAUCAAGGCGCUCCCCAUACCUCACGCUUUGAAGCCAUUGCCUGGGACAGGUUAAAAGACUUCUUCAUCAUUCCAACCUGAGACCUUCCCCCCUCCCCCCCAAAAAAUGAAAUA